AUGGCUACGCAAACAUACACACAAAUCGAACUCUUGAGCGCCAAUGGCACGGUGUUGCGCCGCGUAUCAACUGCGCCUCCAAGACUGCCAACAAAUGAUGAAAUCCCAAUCAUUGAUCUGGCACCCAUCGAUGGCACUCUGGAUGAAAGAAAGGCCUUGACUUCCAGGAUCAAAGCGGCAUCCGAGAACACAGGCUUCUUUUAUAUUCGCAAUCAUAGGAUCCCCGAGGAGCUAAUUCAAACCUCCCUGUCGCAAGCAAAGACCUUCUUCGACCAGCCACUAAGUGAGAAGAUGAAGAUUGAUUCUAGUGCCUCCAAUGUUUCGUCCGGUUACCAUGGAGUGGGGAGCACACAGUCAGAUCUCAGCAUUUUUGCUCUCGCGCUCGGCGAACGAGAAGACUACUUUGACGAUGUCACCAGUCAUCCGGGUGCAGAUGCACUCUAUAUCCAUUAUCCGGGAAUACCAGAUGUUGCGGCCGACUCAGAUAUCGACGUUGGCAUUGGAUCACACACUGACAUCCAAUGUUUCACUCUUCUCUGGCAGGACAACUCCGGCGGCUUGCAGGUAUUGUCUGCUCAGGAUGAGUGGCUUGACGCCCGCCCAAUUGAAGGAACACUCGUAGUCAACAUUGGGGACUUCCUUCAACGCCUUUCCAACAAUAAAUUCAAAUCUACGGUUCACAGAGUAUAUAACCGUCAACCAGACUCGCGUUAUUCGAUGCCUUUUUUCUUUGGGUUCAACCCCGAGGCAGUCUGUAAGGUUGUUCCAUCCUGCGUGGAUGAUGAGCAUCCGCCUCUGUACGAGCCAAUCUCAUGCGGUGAAGUAUGCUCCUAG